AUGCACUACCACUACUCGACUUGGAUACGCGCUGCACGGCUCAAUGUAGGUGUAGCCUGUCUCGUCAAGCCUCUGCAUGCACCUGUCCAUGUCGUGGGCGGUGGCUUCGGCUACCCCACCAAGGAAACAGGCUCAUCAGUCGUGCCCUCCGAGGACUACUCGUCUUGGGGCUUGUCCUCGCAUACCUGUCCGGGCUGGACGAGGAGUAUCGGUGGCUGUGGCUGCACGACGGGACCCUGGACCUGUUCCCCCCCUCCCCCUCUGCGCCCCCGUGGUAUCUUGGACCGACCCUCUGGCAACUCGCAUCUCGUGUGGAUUCAUUUCCACCCACAUGUGCCAUGUCGCAUUCUCAUCUCGAUUAGCGACAUGCGACAGUGGUCGGGCAUGUGCGUGUGCACGCGAUUGGCCCGGGUGCAGAUGCUCUACACUGCCCCUACCGCGUUGGCACUACGGCAGUUGUGCAAAGAAAAACCUUAUUCCCACACUGACACUUGGAUGGCCGCUAUCGCCAUGGCGGCCUGGGAGCUGUGUCGCAUGUCUUCCAAGAUUGAGAUUGCAGCCAAAGCCAGCGGAAACCAAUUGGCGUGGGCCGUGGUGCUGCAAGGCUGCUGGGCCAUGCCACCUGCGCCUUGUCCUAGCCCAAGGCUUGAGGGUCUCGCGCCCGGGCCCCCUGCCGCCCCCUGCCCCAUUGGCCAGCACCCCGCGGAACACGUUCCCAGCGGACAUUUCCAACCGUUGGCCAAGUUGGCUGUGUCAUCUCCCAGAAUACACUUGUGGCCCGCAUCCCCGCUCGCGCUACCGCAGAGUCGAUCCACGUGGGAAACUGAUGCUGCAUGCCGCCCUGUCGUCUCUCGCCUGUCCGUCUUUGUCUCACUCUCUCUCUCUCUCUUCUGCGGCACGGUUUGGACGGCCUGCGGAAACCCCCUCCCCUCUAAUCACGACAAAAGACGUCGUCUUUACACAUCUCUUACACCUAUCAGCUUACACGCCAUGCAUUUGCCCGGAGCCCCUCUCCGCACCUCGCUUGCAACCCUCACACUCGGAUUCCUCGCCCAACAAGACAAGACGGCAUUUGCACCAUGA